CGGAGGAGAAUGGUAGCCUAUAUGGACGUAUAAAAAGAGCUUCUGAGCUAUCAUCAAUUCACCACAUAUCAACAUGCCUUCUCACGUUCAUGAAAUCGGCAAAGUCUACCAAAUCGCCUGCAUUCCAGGCGAUGGAAUUGGUGUGGAUGUCACAGAAGCAGCGAUCCAGGUCCUCACCAAGCUAUCAGAAUUUGGAGGGUUCCAAUUCGAUUUCACCACAUUCGAUUGGUCAAGCAAGAAAUAUUUAGAGCGCGGCUGGUACAUGCCCCCUGAUGGUAUCGAGCAGCUGAAGAAGUUCGAUGCCAUCUACUUCGGCGCCGUUGGUUGGCCAGACGUCCCAGACCACAUCUCCCUUUGGAACUUGAUCCUGCCCAUUCGCAAGGAGCUUAAUCAAUAUGUCAACAGGCGACCAAAUCGUAUUCUUGAGGGAACCAAGAGCCCCUUGGAUGGAUGCAAAGUUGGUGAUCUGGACUGGAUGUUCAUCCGCGAGAAUAGCGAGGGAGAGUACUCUGGUCAGGGCGGCAUCAGCAACGAGAGGGCACCGCACGCAAUGGCAACAGAAAUCACCGUCUACACUCGUGUCGGAACCGAACGCAUCAUGCGCUUUGCGUUCGAGACUGCACGCUCUCGACCGAGGAAGCAUCUCAUACUCUGCACCAAGUCGAAUGCGAUGAGACACGGCAUGGUGUUCUGGGAUCGAAUCUUCUACGAAAUCGCGAAGGAAUACCCAGAUGUCACGACCGAGAAGAUGCUGGUCGAUGCCAUCACCGUCCGGAUGGUCCUACACCCCAAAUCAAUGGAUACUGUUGUGGCAACCAACCUGCAUGCUGACAUUCUAACCGAUCUCGCUGCGGCUUUGUCUGGAAGUAUUGGUAUUGCACCGUCCAGCAACCUCGACCCAACACGAGCCAACCCCUCCAUGUUUGAGCCCAUCCACGGGUCUGCGCCAGACAUAGCUGGUAAGGGUAUCGCGAACCCGGUCGGAGCGUUUUGGAGCGCAGCCGAGAUGGUCCGGUGGGUUGGCGAAGAGAAGGGAGCCGAUUCACUUAUGAAGGCAGUCGAGAAUGUGACAGCGAGGGGCGUCAAGACUAAGGACCUCGGUGGCAGCGAGAAUACGAAGGGUGUUACUGAAGCUGUGUGUAAGGAGAUUGAGGCAUUGUUCGGCAGCUCCUAGGCUCAUGUUAGUGUUACGAGAGGUAUCAACGAAUAUACACGUACCAAUCCG